AUGCUCACAGGAUCCUUGGGAUCCUCUGGGGAUCCUCAGGGGAUCCUCUGGGGAUCCUCUGGGGGAUGGGAUCCUCACAGGAUCCUCAGGGGAUCCUCAGGGGGUCCCAACCCGGGGCUCGUGGCCGUGGCCGGGGCCGACCCCCACGGCCGGGACCCCGCCCUGUACUCGGCGCGGUGCCCGCACCUCCGGCCGCGGCUGUGGCAGCUCGGGGCGCCGCUGGAUCUGGGCUUUUUGGGGCGCUGGUGGCUGCUGGAGGAGGCGCUGAGGGACAGCGACAUCAACGAGGAGGAGUUCGGGCACCUCCCGGAGCGGCUGCGGCGCCUGGAGCCCCGGGAGCUGCGAUCCGAGAGGAACGAGAGGCUCCACCGGGAGAGGCUGCGGGCGGUGGUGCUGAGCGAGGAGGAGAUGAGGGAAUGAGGGGCUGGGAUCCUCUGGGGAUACUCUGGGGAUACUCUGGGGAUCCUCUGGGGAUCCUCUGGGGCUGAGAGGGAUGGGAUCCUCACAGGAUGCUCACAGGAUCCUCUGGGGAUGCUCAUGGGAUCCUCUGGGGAUGCUCUGGGGAUACUCUGGGGAUCCUCUGGGGAUCCUCUGGGGAUCCUCUGGGGCUGAGAUGGAUGGGAUGCUCAUGGGAUCCUCAGGGGAUGCUCCGGGGUUGAGAGGGAUGGGAUCUGGGAUCCUCACAGGAUGCUCACAGGAUCCUCUGGGGAUGCUCACAGGAUCCUCUGGGGCUGAGAUGGAU